GAGAUUUAAUUCUGAAUUCUCUUAAGUUACAUUUGUGUGAACCAUACGAUUAAAUUUUUCAUUUCCUGAACUGGACGUUCCAGAUUAAUAUUUAUAUUUUGAUUCAUCUUUUAAUCAGAAAAUUAGAUUUCAAAUUUAAUGAUUUUCUGAAGUCUGAAACGCCUAUAAAAGAGACAGUUCAAACACACUCUUCGCUUCUUGUGCUACGCUCUCUUUCUCUCUCCGUCUCUCACCUAAAACACUACUUUCUCAGUACCUGAAUACCACCAAAGCCCAUAUUCUGAUCUGAAUACCACUAAUCAUCCAUUUCUAAGCUUACCCAUUUACUGAAAACCACUCUAAAAUGUCAACAGCAUACAACCCUUUCAUCUUCUUUUUCUCCCCUGAAACUUGUGCAAGUCUGGAACUAUGUCUCUUUGCUCUAAUGGCUAUUGCUGUGUUUGGGUUUUGGCUAACACCAGGAGGGUUAGCUUGGGCUUUAUCAAAAGCUAAGAAGCAACAUCAAGCAAAAACAGCCAUUCCUGGUCCUUCUGGUUUACCCAUUGUGGGUUUGCUUUUUGUUUUCACUGGUUCUUUAACUCACCGUUUACUAGCUAAGCUGUCUCAGAGCUUCAAAGCUGUACCGUUAAUGGCUUUCUCAGUUGGGUUUACUCGUUUCAUAAUAUCUAGUCAUCCUGAUACAGCUAAAGAGAUUCUCAGUAGUUCUGCUUUUGCUGAUCGUCCUAUUAAAGAAUCUGCAUAUGAACUUCUUUUCCAUAGAGCAAUAGGGUUUGCUCCAUAUGGUGUUUACUGGAGAAACUUGAGAAGAAUUUCAGCAACUCACUUGUUUUGUCCGAAGAGAAUCGCUAGUUUUGGUGCUUUUCGAAGCCAAAUCGGUACUAAAAUGAUUAGGGACAUCAAGGGUUUAAUGGGUGUAAAAGGAGAGGUUGUGAUAAAGAAAGUGUUGCAUUUUGGGUCUUUGAACAAUGUCAUGAUGAGCGUUUUUGGCAAAAGUUAUGAUUUUGAAAAUGGAAGUGCUGAUGAUCAAGGAGAUGUGUCUCAUGAACUUGAAGCGUUGGUUAGUGAAGGAUAUGAACUACUUGGAAUCUUCAACUGGAGUGACCAUUUCCCACUUCUUGGACUGUUAGAUUUACAAGGUGUGAGAAAAAGAUGCAGAAAUUUGGUUUCCAAGGUUAAUAUAUUUGUGGGGAAGAUUAUUGAUGAACAUAGAAGCAAAAGGGUUGAUGGUGUUUUGAACAAUGGAAGUGUUGGUGACUUUGUUGAUGUGUUACUUGAUUUAGAGAAAGAUGAUGGUCUUAGUGACUCUGACAUGGUUGCUGUUCUCUGGGAAAUGAUCUUUAGAGGGACUGACACAGUAGCAAUUCUACUUGAGUGGAUUCUAGCAAGAAUGGUUCUACACCCUGACAUUCAAUCCAAGGCACAAGCUGAGAUAGACGCUGUGGUCGGAGCUUCCAGGUCUGUUUCGGACUCUGACCUUCCCCACCUUCCAUAUGUUCAAGCAAUCAUAAAGGAAACACUGAGAAUGCAUCCACCAGGUCCUCUUCUUUCAUGGGCUCGUCUCGCUAUCCACGAUGUUCAUAUCGGUAAGAACUUCAUCCCAGCUGGAACUACUGCAAUGGUUAACAUGUGGGCAAUAACUCAUGAUGAGAAAAUAUGGUCAGAGCCAAAUGAAUUCAAACCACAAAGAUUUGUGGAUGAAGAUGUGAGUAUUAUGGGUUCAGACUUGAGGUUAGCACCAUUUGGGUCUGGUAGAAGGGUCUGUCCUGGAAAAGCUAUGGGAAUUGCUACUGUACAACUUUGGCUUGCCCAAUUACUUCAAAGCUUCAAAUGGGUUCCUUCUGAUAAUGGUACUGUUGAUUUGUCCGAGUGCCUUAAAUUGUCUCUUGAAAUGAAGAAGCCCUUAAUCUGUAAGGCUGUUUCUAGGGGUUAGUGGUCCUUUAAUGUUAUCUUGGUUGUGGCUUGGGGUUUGUUUAACCUUCCUUUCUUAGAAAGGAAGGAGUGGAUUUAAUCUGCUUGAUUUUGGUAACACUUGGUUAGUUUAGAAGGUUGAUUAGGUAGUGGUUUUCUUCUAACCUUAUUCUAGAUAUGUUUGGUUUGUUUCCUGUUUUUUAGAAUUCUCAGUGUUUUAUAUAGAUGAACAAAGUAGGAUUAUAUGUUUUCUUUUGGUGAUAGAAAAAUGGUGGUGCACUGAAUGGCUUUAUAUGUACGCAUACAUCUUUUUAACAGUAUAUGAAUGGAAUUCCUGAUGUUUAUUGA